GUCGGGAGGUCGGAGAAGAAAGACGGCGUUGUCUUUCGCGCCGAGCGGUUCCUGCUUCCAUUCGGCCUGCCUGGAGCCUGCGGGAAUCGAGCCCUAGCGGGAGAAGGAAGGGAUAUAGCAGGACAAUAACAACCGCGCUCGGGUCUUCUCAGCGCCGGGACUCCGGUCGUCGCUUUGCUCGCCCACGUAGCCUGGCGCCAGAGGACUCCUUCGGCCUGUGAGGAUGCGAGGCUUUGGAGACCGAGGCCGAGACCGCGACCGCGGCGGGUUUGGCGGUCCACUUCCUCCUAAAAAAUUUGGAAACCCGGGUGAACGUCUCCGUAAGAAGAAAUGGGACUUGAAUGAAUUGCCUAAGUUUGAAAAAAAUUUCUAUGCUGAACACCCAGAAGUGGCCAGACUCACUCCAUAUGAGGUUGAUGAGCUAAGAAGAAAGAAAGAGAUUACAGUUAGAGGAUCAGAUGUUUGCCCCAAGCCUGUGUUUGCCUUCCACCAGUGUAACUUUCCACAGUAUGUAAUGGAUGUCUUGAUUGACCAGCAUUUUACAGAACCAACUCCAAUUCAGUGCCAGGGCUUUCCAUUGGCCCUUAGUGGUCAUGAUAUGGUGGGCAUUGCACAGACUGGCUCUGGAAAGACAUUGGCAUACUUGCUGCCUGCAAUUGUUCAUAUCAACCACCAGCCAUACUUGGAAAGAGGGGAUGGUCCAAUUUGCUUGGUUUUAGCUCCUACCCGAGAGCUGGCCCAGCAAGUCCAACAGGUAGCCGAUGAUUAUGGUAAAUGUUCAAGGUUGAAGAGUACCUGUAUAUACGGAGGAGCACCCAAAGGUCCUCAAAUCAGAGACUUGGAGAGAGGUGUUGAAAUUUGCAUUGCUACACCCGGACGUCUAAUUGAUUUCUUGGAAGCAGGGAAAACUAAUCUCCGCCGAUGUACAUACCUUGUGUUAGAUGAAGCUGACAGAAUGCUGGAUAUGGGUUUUGAACCUCAGAUUCGUAAAAUUGUUGAUCAGAUACGGCCUGACAGGCAAACUCUAAUGUGGAGUGCCACUUGGCCAAAGGAGGUGCGCCAGCUUGCUGAGGAUUUCUUGCAUGACUAUGUCCAGAUCAAUGUGGGCAACCUGGAGCUGAGUGCCAAUCAUAAUAUCCUGCAAAUAGUGGACGUGUGCAUGGAGAGCGAAAAAGAUCAUAAACUAAUCCAACUGAUGGAAGAAAUCAUGGCUGAAAAAGAGAAUAAGACAAUUAUAUUUGUGGAGACAAAAAGACGUUGUGAUGACCUAACUCGAAGGAUGCGUAGAGAUGGAUGGCCAGCUAUGUGUAUUCAUGGAGACAAGAGUCAACCAGAACGAGAUUGGGUACUUAAUGAGUUCCGUUCUGGAAAGGCUCCUAUCCUCAUUGCUACGGAUGUUGCAUCUCGUGGGCUAGAUGUGGAAGACGUAAAGUUUGUGAUAAACUACGACUAUCCAAACAGCUCGGAGGAUUAUGUGCACAGAAUCGGCCGUACUGCCCGUAGCACCAACAAAGGCACUGCCUAUACGUUCUUCACACCAGGGAAUUUGAAGCAGGCUAGAGAGCUAAUAAAAGUCCUAGAGGAAGCCAAUCAGGCUAUCAAUCCCAAACUGAUGCAGCUUGUGGACCAUAGAGGUGGUGGUGGAGGAGGAGGCGGCCGCUCUCGUUACCGUACCAGCAACACCUCCAACAAUCCCAAUCUGAUGUACCAGGAGGAGUGUGAACGGCGGCUCCGGGGUGUUAAAGAUGGCCGGAGAGACUCGGGCAGCUUCCGAGACCGUGAACGCGGAGAGAGCUUUGCAAACGGAGCCAACAAGGCCUACGGUGGUGCAUAUGGGAGUGCAAAUUCUGCGUUUGGGUCGCAGCAGGGCCAGUAUGGCUAUGCCCAGGGAGCCUAUGGAGCUGCUGCUUACGGUGCAAGUGGCUAUGGGGCAGAAUAUGGUGCCGCUGGCUAUGGUGGAGCAAAUGCUGCCAAUGCCGGGAGAAACUCGCAGAGCACAGGCCAGCAGCAGUAUGCAGGAAUGGGCCGUUCCGGCCAGCAGCCUCAGCCUCUCAUGUCGCAACAGUUUCCUCAGCCUCCAGGCACUAACGUGAUGGGCUAUAUGGGACAGACUGCCAACUACCAGUAUCCACCACCUCCACCACCCCCUCCCCCUGCACGCAAGUGAGACCAUUUGGUUUAUAGGUGACCAGUCAAGACUUGCAAAUAAGAACCUUCUCUUCUCCCCUUUCCCUCACCACCCUUCCAUCCCCAUUGUGGUGUUUUCCCCUAAUGCAGGUUAGAUGUAGAGUUCACUAUCAGAUACUGUCCAUAAACAUUGGCCCCGGUCUACAUUUCCAAUUUUGUUUUUAAAAUUAGAGUUGACUGGAAAACUAACUUCUCUUUACAUGUUUUGGCCUUGCAUGUUAAGAAACCUGAAAUGUUUUUUUUUCUCACCCCCCCUCCAAAAAAACACCUACAAGGCAGAUAUGUCCCAGCCCAGUUGUCAUUGUGUCUGAGGCUUGUGUAUGAAAACUUGCUGCAGAGAGGAACAACUUAUCCAUCACAUAGACCACAAGAAAGAUGUUGUGUAAUACUCCUUAACAGAGUAUUUGAGAUGGUAUAAUUUUUGCUUAUUAAAAUUGAGACUUUCCACAA